CCCGCCGCUGACCCCUCCUCGCUCUCUUCCUCCCUUCCUCGCACGGUUCCCACCGGCCUCUUCCCUUCGCAACCGGGGGGCCAGGAUGUCGGAAAAACGCGCCGAGGAGGCACCGGCGGAGCUGAGCGCUAAGGAAAGGAAAGAGAAGAAGGAAAAGCUCGACGAGAAGGCAGUCCACAAAGAAAAGAAGAAGGAGAUAGUAGAGGAUGAGGAGAACGGAGCUGACGAGGAUGAUGAAGAGAAUCCCGAUGAUGUGGAUGAUGAAGAAGGUGGUGAUGAGGAUGAAGAAGCAGAUGAGAAUGGGCAAGAGCAGGAUGGCCACGCAGAGAAACGAUCUGCAGAGGAGGAGGAUGAAGUGGAUCCAAAGAGACAGAAGACAGAAAACGGCUCUUCAGCUUGAGUCCUCCCCUCCCAUCUCCCCUAUUCCGUCCAUCUCUCCU